AGAAAUUAGAAACUGAGAACAUCUGUCUUAAGAAGGAUUUGGCAUUUAAAGAUUCUCAAGUAAAAGAAUAUGAAACAAUGUUGACUUCUCUGAGAGAGAACAACCGUCAGCAGCAGCAGGGACUCAGGGAGAGCACUGCAAAAUGCCGCUCUCUGGAGGAGCAGCUCCUCUCCCUGCGGCUCAGCGAGGGAGGGAAGGAUUGUCAGCUGAAGGAGCUGGAGUUCUGCAAACGCGCCCUGGAGCAGGAGAUCCAGAGCCUCAAGCUACAGACCUGCUCUAAUCCAACACUACAGGCCACCACGGAUGAGCUCUCCAGCCGUUACGUAGAGAUGAUCAAUAACUUGAGAGAGGAUAAGGACCGUGAGAUCCGCAGUCUGAGGAACCAGCUGUGCCAAUUCCAGCAGGAUAUAUCAAGGAGAGAAGGAAGUAACAGCGACCUGCAAAUGAGGUUGCAUGAACUGACGUCAAUGCUGGAGGAGAAAGAGGCUUUUAUUAAACAACAGCAAGAGGACCUCUUCAGACUGAAGCAUGAGAAGUUAUCAGGCAGCCAGUCCCCUGGUGUAACAGCGAUCAUCACCAAGAAGUACAGAAAUCAGUAUCCUAUCCUGGGUCUCCUGUCUGAUGACUACAAGGUUACAUCCCCUGUCAAUAAAUCACAAACUAUUGUAAUUGAGAGGACUGGCGAGAUAUGGAAACACGAAUGAAAGAAAUCCGUGAGAGCAGCCAAAAGGAGUUCACGACAACUAAAAUUGCUUUCUUUUCUGCUAUGCUGCAUCUGAAAAAGGCUGGGGAGCACAUUAAGGACAUGGAAGCACAAAGAUGACUCCAAACACUGUCUCAUCCUCACCAUAAUGAGCCCUGUUACCCGUGUCUGUAAUCUGCCACUAACAGCUGUGUACAGAUGUUAUUUGUACUUUUUCAUGCACUUACUUUUCGCUCAGGAGAGCUCGGGAUGCCAUGCUUUCGUGGACUUCAGUUUUUCUUGUCACAACCAACAUCUGUUCUUCAGCCAGUCCUGAAGCAAUCUGAAAGACAAACGAAGUCUGAAACCUUUUCCUUUUUGCACUAUUCACCGUAUUUUUCUGUCCUGUCUACUCACACUGAGAAGUGAGAGUGACACAAAUUAAGUCUGAGACACAGCGAUUGGCUGGUUUCAGUUCUAUCUGCUACUGCCUGUUGAAGAUGAAGCAAACUCCAGAAACACCCUUCAAGGGGAACAUUAAAAAUACCUCACUGAAAAUAUCUCACCUUGCAUCUGCCUAUGGAUGAGAAGCUGAAACAGAAAGGAGAAUUACUCCAGAAAAACAAUUCCUCAAAUCCAGCUACUGAAUUGGCAAAUCCCAGACUUACCUAGUUCAGGGAAAUGAUUGGGCACAUGCUAAUUUUGAAGAGUGUGAUUGACCUCAGAGCUGAUGUAUUUUCAGCUGAACCUUUAUAUGCCCCCAGACCAGCCACAGGUAUUUAUUUGCUGUGCUUGAAAAUUUUAAGAACUUGGUAUAUUUUUAUAUAGAAUGAAAAUAGCUCAUAGACUGAAUUUCAUUAUCAGAUGACCUGCCAUUUACAGUUUUUGCUCAUCACAGGACCACAGAAAUUCUCUCAAAAUUAUUUGAUAUUAAUAAUUAAGUAGUUGUCUAAGCAAUACAGUGCAGAGAAUCACAGGGGACAUUUUUAACUAUGCAAUCAAAAGGUGCUGGCUUUUUACUAGGGGGUUCUUGCUUUGCUUUAUUUCUGCAGACAUGUAUUUCUAUUCACAAGUAAUAUAUAUCAUAGACAAUGUUUAACGGUGAAAGAAUGUACGCUAUGUGUAGCUAUGAAAUAAACCUAAAUGGAACUUUCU